CUAGAUUAUAACCCCCUUUCUCACAAACCCUAGCGCUACUACUCUUUUGCUCAGUCUUUCCCCUUCACUCCACUUCUCCCUCUACGAACCCAAACCCCAAUCAUCAACUUCUCCGCCAUGGCUUCCCGGAGGCUCAUAGCCUCGCUUCUUCGAUCCUCCGCCGCCCGUCGCCCCAGAUCCCCCUUCCCCUCUGCUCCGAAGCCCGGUCAUCGCCCCUCUCCUGCUGGACACUUUCUCCACCGCUUCGCCGCCCACUACGCCACCUCUGCAGCUGCCCCAGCGCCUCCGUCCUCCAAGCCGGCUCCUAGUGGUGGGCCUGGAGGCAAAAUCACGGAUGAGUUUACGGGUCAAGGCGCGAUCGGGAAGGUGUGCCAGGUUAUUGGUGCCGUCGUCGAUGUGAGGUUCGACGAGGGUUUGCCCCCCAUUUUGACGGCGCUGGAGGUUUUGGAUAAUCAGAUCAGGCUUGUUUUGGAGGUGGCUCAGCACUUGGGUGAGAAUGUGGUGAGAUGUAUUGCUAUGGACGGUACUGAAGGGUUGGUUAGAGGCCAGCGCGUGCUCAACACUGGUUCCCCCAUUACUGUUCCUGUCGGUAGAGCCACUCUGGGACGUAUUAUUAAUGUCAUUGGAGAGCCUAUUGAUGAGAAAGGCGACAUUAAAACUGAACACUUUUUGCCCAUUCACCGUGAAGCUCCAGCCUUUGUGGAGCAAGCUACAGAGCAACAAAUUCUUGUCACUGGUAUCAAGGUCGUCGACCUUCUUGCACCGUACCAAAGAGGAGGAAAGAUUGGACUGUUCGGUGGUGCUGGUGUAGGAAAGACUGUUCUUAUCAUGGAACUGAUCAAUAAUGUUGCCAAAGCUCAUGGUGGGUUCUCUGUCUUUGCUGGUGUAGGAGAACGUACUCGUGAGGGUAAUGACUUGUAUAGAGAAAUGAUUGAAAGUGGUGUCAUUAAGCUAGGUGAUAAGCAGGCUGACAGCAAAUGUGCUCUAGUCUAUGGUCAAAUGAAUGAGCCCCCGGGUGCUCGUGCCCGUGUUGGACUUACUGGAUUGACCGUGGCUGAACACUUUCGUGAUGCAGAAGGGCAGGAUGUGCUUCUCUUCAUUGAUAACAUUUUCCGUUUUACCCAAGCUAACUCAGAAGUGUCUGCUUUGCUUGGGCGUAUCCCUUCUGCUGUCGGUUAUCAACCUACUUUAGCUACAGAUCUUGGAGGUCUUCAAGAGCGUAUCACAACAACUAAGAAAGGUUCCAUUACAUCUGUCCAAGCCAUCUACGUGCCAGCUGAUGACUUGACAGAUCCUGCCCCCGCAACAACUUUCGCUCACUUGGAUGCCACAACUGUGUUAUCUCGGCAGAUUUCUGAGCUGGGUAUUUAUCCUGCUGUCGAUCCUCUUGACUCAACUUCUCGCAUGCUUUCACCUCACAUCUUGGGAGAGAAUCACUACAACACAGCCCGUGGUGUACAGAAAGUUCUUCAAAACUACAAGAAUCUUCAAGAUAUUAUUGCAAUUCUGGGAAUGGAUGAGCUCAGCGAAGAUGACAAAUUGACUGUUGCACGUGCUCGCAAAAUUCAGCGAUUUUUGAGCCAGCCUUUCCAUGUUGCAGAAGUUUUCACGGGUGCCCCUGGCAAGUAUGUUGAGUUGAAGGAGAGUAUUAACAGCUUCCAGGGAGUGUUGGAUGGAAAAUACGAUGACCUUCCGGAACAGUCAUUUUACAUGGUUGGAGGAAUCGAUGAGGUGAUUGCCAAGGCCGAGAAGAUUGCCAAGGAAUCUGCUGCUUAGAUAUAGACCAAAGUUUUUUAAAGACACUUCAUCUUGUCCCGUUCUACUGAUAAUUGCGAAAAUAAUUUAGUUCUUGGCAAUGCCAGCAUCAGGAGUUUUAUUUUGUUGGGACCGAAAUUUUCCAAAUGUUAUCUUCCUGUUUUAUAUGUGGUGCGGUAAAUGAUACAAUUCUGGAGCCAAGAGGGCCUCCCCUGCCAAGCCCCCAUUUGUCUUCUCGUGUGACACAAUAAGGGGGGGUUGAGAUGGCGGACUUGUAUAUUUUUGCUUGAAUUUAUCUUCUGAAUAUUGGAUGCGCUCGCUCUGAAAGUUUAUUCACUUCUCUGUUCAAGGAGGCUUAUUCUUGGAUCAAGUUGAGUUAGUGUGGUUCGGUUUCCUGGGUUGAUUUGUACUGCCAAAUUUGAUGCCCCCUUGAUUUGAACGAGUAGUACUUAGAACAUUAUUGUGAAGUUAUAAGUGUUCCAGUGUACCGUAAUAAAUAAAAUUGAACGCGAGUUAUUUUUUCA